UCCGUCUCGAUUUUAGCUCCUCAACCACUCGCCAGUGCCGCAAGAUUCUCGCAAGAACACCUCGUUUUCCACCCACAUCAAAUGUCUAUGUGUUUAAUUGGCCUGGGAAAACUGAGAAAUUAAUGAUAACAAGCGUUGGACCGAAUUUGGACGGACCGGGAACUAGCUUCUUGUUCUGCCUCGAGGCGAUUGCCAAUCUUGGCUGCCGACCUCGUUGUUCGCUGGAGGCGCCUUGCAGACACAUAAACACGUUGAAAUCGUGCGCAAGUGCUGUCUUUUCAACCAAAAGGUCUUGUUAUCUUUCUCUGGUCCCCCGUAGUCCGUCUAUCCCCCUUCUUAGACUUUCAUCACUUCUACUCGUCAAGGGAAGAUCAUGACCACUAGUAUUCCUGCACAGCGUCCAAGGAAAGUAGGGCAAUCAUCAGAAGCACCAGGCUCCAUGCACAACCUUCCUCCAAGGGAAUCAUCACCAUCUCCUUUUCGAGAAAGACCUCGCACGAUCAAGGCUGCAUCGAUGUCAUUGGUACCGUCGGUUGGCCAAGUUCUAGCCGGUCAGCAACCCUCCCUGAAUCUGCAAUCCAGCCCAACGUCAUCGAAUAACUCGCGACGUUCUCCGCCUUAUCAGUCUGCUGGAGUGGUGCAGAGGCUUCUCCCAACUCCUCCCCAUCCGAACCCACCCAAUCUACCGGAACAAAGUCUUGAGAGACGAAUGAGCCCACCUCCAAAUCAGCACCCUGCCAAUGUUUCUCCUCUCUAUCCACGACCCAUAACUCGCGUCCCUCCACCGCAGUUCCUAACCAAGUUCGACAUGGAGGAACCGUGGCAGAUGACUGAGGAGCUCUUGGCUGACAUCGAGCGUGCCGACAUGCAGCAGAGUCAAGGGCAGGCUGCUCCCCAUAGUCCUCACAACUUUCAAAGCAACUUUGUUAAAUCCGAUAGCCCUGCGAAGGAUCCUCAUGUUGAGCGGGUGCGUUCGAGGGAGAGGUCGAGUCCCAAAGCCAAUGAAGGGAGUCAACUUGGUCGUCGACAAUCUCUCCGAGAACAAUCCGUUCGAGAAAGCCCUAAGGCACGGGAGCGCCUCCCGGCAUCUCCCAAACGGAGUACAUUCUCUCCGGUACAAGGUCAGACGCCCGAACGACAGGCGUCGCCGCCGUUCAAUAAUAGUGGCUUACCCUCUCCUGGAGAAACCCUCCGUCACGAGUCUUCACCCGUUUUGCGUCGUCUCAAUGGUCUAGUCAACGAUGGUCGUACGAACCUCUCAUUAGCUACGCAAACCCCUCCUCUACAGGCGAUAAAUACUCGCACUCCCGAUAGGUCCCUUCCGGUCCAGGAAGAACCUGAGGACGAGCAUGAUAAUUCUUCCAAGGAUCACAACGGUGAGGACGAUUCUUAUGCUCACAAGGACCCUGGAUCGCCGCUUCCAUCAUCCGACCUUAACCCUGAUCCAGGAAGAUAUGAUGUAUCUCGCACACAUGGGGGCAGGAACAGUCGCGCUGGCCAUCGGAAGGACGAUCACGUAUCCUACGAGGAUGCUGGGAAAAGGAGUACGGACGACGGAGGAUUUACCCCACGUUCUAAUUCUGUCUCACUUCCUGACCAUGUACAGGUCGAGCGUGGUCAGAUCGAGAAUAGACAACAGGUCAAUGGUGGUAGUGCCAUCAAUCACGCAGCGAACGCUGCUACAAUUCGACUCAAUGACUCACGCCGCCGAAGUAGGAAUGGGUUGUCCGAUCAAAUGGGUCUCGCCAAUCUUGAUACGGCCUUUCUUCAGCAACCAGAGAGGCAUGACCAACCAUCACAAUAUGACCCCAAAGCGGCAGCUGCACAGCGCGCUGAGGCUUUUGCUUUAUAUGCUCAACAGUUCCAUCCCGAUGAAAUACAGAGUUUCAUGGAGCACCCAACAUCGUCUUACAUCCAGGCAUAUCUACGCUCUCCUCGUCCUGAUGCACCCAUUCCACCUACACCUCAUAGCCAGACAUCGCCACCUUCCCCUUCACCGUUGCUCUCCGGGACGGUUUAUAGCGGUACGACAGAACUACCUCCAUUCACUCCCGUCACUCCGGCUGGGUCACCCUACCCUUAUCCGUACUCUCAUGUGAUGAGAAAUCAUGUUCAACCUGCACGUCAAACUCAAAAUCCUUUGAACUUGGAUCUCAACAAUCCUUCCGCGAUCCACGAGCAGUUCGUGAAGCAAUGGCAAAUUUACGCGCAGAACAAUCAUGGCCAUGUUUCCGACUCAACCUUAUCUCCCUCUUCUACUCCUUAUCCAACACCGCCCUUUAACCCGUGGGCUCACUGGCAUACUCAACGGAUACUGGGGGGACGUUAUGGGUUCCCGUCCGAUACGGCCACUCAAAGAUCGAGUCCUAGUCAUGAGCCUAUAGAGCUCCCAGCUCCUCCUAUGCUCGGGCUGAAGAAAAAAGUUCCUUCGCCAAACCUUCGCAGUGCAACGCAGACAACCGCCUCGAUCAGGAAGCCUCCUCCGCGUGUGGAAAGCACUCAGCCGAGAGAAACCAGUCCCGAACCUUCCUCUUCGGGAGAGGAGACUGCCGGCGAAGAUCGAUUUGCUGUGCCAGAGGAAGGCGAUUGGGUGAACUCCCACAGUCGUGUCCCUUCCGAAAGUUCUAACGGUAUUAUCGUCAACGAAGCGGACGACGAGGAUGAAGGAGAAUGGGUAGAAGAGGAUUGGGACGAUGACGAGGACGAUUUGUUAGAUCUAGAAUAUCAUCCGUCGUUCGUGAACAAUAUCGAGAAACGCCGUAGACGAUUUGAGACGCGUUGGGAUGCCCUCAUGCACGCUUUCCAAGCCCUUGAUCGCCAGACAGAUGCAACUAUGGUACUUCUUGCUGCUCCAUCCCAUACCACUAAGCUACAUAUGGCAACUUCUCGGUCCAUUCGGCGGCAGACGACCCUCUCACGUUCUUCGGCAAUGUCGAGUUUACGUUCCGGUUUCCAUCAAGUUGCCACUGAGCGCAGAACCAUGCGAUCUCGCGUUAAAACAUCUUUGGCUGAUAGGUUCCUUAUGUCUUCUGGUGCCAGUGGCGACGGAUCUGAUAGCUCAGAAUCCCGAGAAGCGGACUUGAAGCGUGCCUUGGAUGCUGCUUUGGGAAGUUUGGGCGUUUUGGGGAAUAUGUAUGAACGGAGAGAGGCUAGGUGGAUGGAAGAAAUGAGGAGGAUUGGUGAGGAUAGGGAGAGAGUCGAGUUACUUUUGAAGCAAGCUUUGGGAGCGUCGCGGGAUUAGCUAUUACGAUCUUGAGAGCCUUUGCUCCAUCAUAGAGGGAAAUCUCCUUCACUUUCACCUUUUACUAUGCACAUAUGGUGACAUUGCUACUCCCCUCUAUAGUAUCGUACAAUCAUUCAAUAUUCACGUGUUACUUACUGAAAUACAAACUACUUUUAUCUUAAACAGUUUUGUACGUGCGUGCCGACGACGGAGACAGUGUCGGCAAGGUUAUGUGGGAC